GGAUGGGAAGGAAAGGGCGAAAUCAGGAGUGAGGAGGAAGGCGGGAAGGCAAAGGAAGGAGAGGAGGAGCAAGGGAAACGGUAUGGUUUCGGAUAACAAGCGUGGCUGCCAUGCAUUGUUGGUGGGAUCUGGGAAGGAGUUGGAGCGGUUUGUAGGAAGGGCCGGAGAUGGUGCAGCUGCUCCAGACGGAGGAGCGGUCUGGUUGCUAGCUGGGCAGAUGGAGAUGAUGUGGAGGCAUCCUUGGGGCUGUGGUGGCCCGUGUGUGGCGACGAGACAUAUGGGGGAGGCCAGCAGCAGCAGCUGCAGCGCAGCUGGACGUGUGGGAUAGGUUGUGAGCAUGUAGUCCGGGGGA